AAACGAUUUCAAGAAUGCCUUGGGUAAGCAUCCGGAUUUAGAAACUCUCGAAAAAGAUCUGGAUGAUCUUCUAAAGAAUAAAACUGAUGAACUUAAACAAGUUAAAUCCGAAAAUGAAACAUAUCGUUGUGAAUUAUCUACAAUUGAUGGAAAAUUGCAAAUGUUACAAUCUACUAAACAACAAAGGAUCCAAGAUAAUAAAGAGCAUCGUAAAAAAUUAAAUACAGCUUGUGGUGAUCGAGAUCUUCCUGUUGUUAUAAUUGGCCUUGAAAAGGAAUUGAACGAUAUGCGAGAAGAACUUGCUAAUGCAUCAAGUAGUGCUGAUAUUUAUAAUAAGUUUGUCAUUUCGGUAUUGAUCGAAGUUUUGAAAAAUGAAGAAACUAAAAA